AUGGAUAAAUUCCUAAUCUCGACCAAAUGGCUCCUGCUUCUGCUCAAUGUCGUCCUUCCUUGCCUUUGCCUGGACAACGGCCUCGCCCUCACGCCGCCAAUGGGCUGGAUAUCCUGGGAGAGGUUCAGGUGCGUCACUGAUUGCCGGGACUUUCCUGACCAAUGCCUGGACGAGAACCUGAUUAUGAAAAUGGCCGACUUGUUGUCCAGCGAAGGAUACUCGCAAGUCGGAUAUAAUUAUGUUAUCGUGGACGACUGCUGGUCGGCCAUCGAGCGCGUCUUCUGCCAUAAAUUCGAGGAUAAGGUCCUGAUUCCGAGCAAGGAGCGUUUUCCUCAUGGGAUCCCUUGCCUGGUCGAUAAAGUUCAUUCGUUGGGCCUGCUUUUCGGCCUUUACGCCGAUAUUGGGAACUACACGUGCGCCGGAUAUCCUGGUAGCGCCGGACACUACGAGACGGAUGCUUUCACGUUUGCGGAUUGGGGAAUCGAUUUUCUCAAAAUGGACGGAUGCCAUUGGCCUCCGGAAUGUCUUCCGCCCGAGUACAUGAAAUUCGGCCAGGCCCUAAACGAAACUGGCCAUCCGAUUGUCUACUCUUGCAGCUGGCCCUCGUAUCAGCAGGACGUCAAUAUGUCUCCCAAUUACGAAUUGGCUGCCGAAACUUGUAACAUGUGGCGAGGAUAUUUGGACAUCCAGGAUUCGUGGCAGUCGGUCGUCGAUAUCAUAGAUUAUUAUGCAUCCGUCCAGGAUGAUGUAGCCCCAAGGGCAGGUCCUGGCCAUUGGAAUGAUCCUGAUAUGCUUCUGGUCGGCGGAUAUGGCCUUAGCCCGGACCAGGCCAAGGCGCAGAUGUCGGUGUGGGCCAUCAUGGCGGCGCCACUGUUGCUCUCAGCCGAUUUGAGAACCAUGACGGAGCAGAACAAGGAAAUUGCCAUGAACAAGGGUGUAAUAGCCGUUGACCAGGACAAGUUGGGUAUUCAAGGUAGAAGAUUGUACGAAAAACGAGGUCUAGAAGUUUGGACGAGACCUAUUUUGCCAGUCUGGGAUCGUUAUAAAAGUCUCGCCAUUGUCUUUUUUAAUAGAAGAUUCGACGGAACCCCCUCGCAAAUGACGGCAAGCCUGAAGGCCCUUGGCCUUUAUUCGCCCCACGGGUAUCGUAUGAAGGACCUUUGGACGGGCAACGUUCAUGCCGAGGUCGUGCCUUGUAAUUCGGUGAUCAAGGUUCGGAUCAACCCUACCGGUGUGGUGAUGCUGAAGGCGAGGGUGAUUUUACCCUACAAGGAGGGCGAGGAGCUGGAUGAGGAGGAGGACGAAGGCAGCCAAGAUAUGACCGAUUGCUGCCCUUAUCCGAAGCCCGAGAAUAUGACAUGCAAUAAAUGCGACUAUACCAAUCGUAAGAAAGGUUCCCGAAGUAACAUUGUCGAUGCGAUAGAAUACGAAGAAGACGACGACGAUAUUGAUUGGGGAGAGGGGAUGGAUUAG